CACUAAGUGCAGCUUGCAGUCACUGCAUUAGCUUCAGAUCGUCCAACACAGAACUUUAUACCACCGUCGGUUUUUCUAACAUCGUUAUCAUGACUCCUACGACACGAGCUCUGCUUCUUUGUGCGGUUUUCCUGUGCGGGCUGGAGGAAGCGGACCUCUCUAGGAGCGGCCAUUGCGCCGGGACGCAGUGUUUGGUGCUUUUUCGAGAGCCCAUGGACUUUCCAGGUGCGCAGAAACGCUGCAAAGACGAGGGCGGAGAGUUAUCAUCGGUCGACCUGGGACAACCACAGGAGACAUUAAGGAGUCUCCUCAGCGGAGUCAGCGGUAGUUUCUGGAUGGAAUCGCUGAACGGCACAGGCGUGAAGACCGGAGAAGCUGCGUCAGGUCCCAGAAUCUGUUCCUUCGUGCUGACGGGGGGGCCCCUCAUGAUGUCGUUUAGGCCGUGCGAUGAGAAACUGGACGGAUUCCUGUGCCGGUAUUCAUUCGAGGAACCUUGCGGGUCGUUGCUGGCAAGCGGAGGCGCACAGGUGAGCUACAACCACACUCACUGGGGUUUCAAAGUUGAAGAUUCGGAGACGUUUCCACCGGGAACCACCGCCGUGGCGGAAAAGAUCGGCGCCAAAUAUCCGGACUCGAGGCAUGUGUGUUUCUCGGGGAAGUGGAUGCCAGCUCCCUGGAACUGUGAAGUGAUGGAGGGCGGCUGUGAAUACACGUGCAGUUCUUUAACAAAAACCUGCAUGUGUCCCGCAAGACAAUCUCUCCAUCACAACAACUUCACCUGCACCAAAGACCCGUGCGCCGACUGCGAACAAGGCUGCGAGCAGGAGAGCGACUCUUUCGUCUGCAAGUGUGAGAAAGGCUACAGGCUGGCGAAGGACAGCAAGAGCUGUCUGGACGUGAAUGAGUGCAAGGAGGAGGACCCGUGCACAGGUGUGGGUGAGGAGUGUGAGAACACCCAGGGAAGUUUUAAGUGCAAGUGCCGAGAUGGAUUCCUUGAGGAGGACGGAAUGUGUGUGGACGUUUCAAUCUGUGACAAGUGUGAGCACAUGAAAUGUAUUAAGCACGAUUGGAUUUACAGGUGUGAAUGCCACGAGGGGUUCAGGGUGUCACCCAAGAAUGCCACCCUGUGUGAACAACACUGCACAGAGAGAGACUGUCCAGCUGACUGCGUCGUCACAAGAGAUGAAGGGAAGGAGAUGGUGCAGUGCCGCUGCCCUGAAGGCUACAUCACAGACGUCAAGAACAACAUAACCUUUUGCACCGACAUAAAUGAAUGUGAGAAUGAGAGGGAGUGUGAUCACAACUGUGAAAACUUAUUCGGUGGUUACAGAUGUUCGUGCGAUGAGGGGUACGAGCUGUUAAAGGGCCACACCUGUGUGCCGAUUGAAACAGAUGACGGAUCAGGCUCUUCUACUCCACAGCCGACACCAGCCGGCGCGUCUCCAGCAGCAGUGCCCCCUUACAUCAAGACCGGCAGCGUCUUGGGCAUCACCGUGUUCAUGUUGCUGUGUGCAGUGCUGCUGUUUUGCUCGGUCCGAUACGUGGCGAAACGUUGCGGCAAAUUUAAGCUCCCCUCCUUCCAACACCCAGAUCUAGAUAUUUUCUACCUGCAGCAGGUGACCACAGAGACUUACAAGAGGUUCUCCUUCGACAAACAGUUUAAAAACGACCUGCAGAGACAGUAAUGGCACCGCUGAAGACCUUUGAGCACCCUCCCAUGUCUCAUGCACUAUAGCUACAGAGUCAUCCGAUCUAUGGGACUUUUCCACUGAGUUCUCCAUAGUGUCACUUCUUAAAGCUGCGAUAAAUGAAGACAAUUGAAUGAAGACUUUAAAGAAAAACAGCUGAAUGUUUUCUGAAUGUUUUUUUUAUAUUUUUUAUAUGGAAUUUGGGUUUAUGUGCCUUAUAAUGAUCAUUCCCUGGAGCUGGAGCUUCAGCUUUUUAAUGCCAAGAUGGAAAAUUUUGGGAUUUUCUUUCCAAUCAGGCUAAUUAUUUGGAGUCAUAUAUGACAAAUAAGAUGCUGUUACACAGAAAAAUGUCUAAUAGUAACGGUACUAAAAAGUCAGUAUGGUCAUUUUUUCUAAUUAUAGUGCAGAUUCCUUACAAAUGUCACAAAUCCAGCAAUAUAAACCAUAUUUUUUUUGUUAAUGAUUGACCAGAUUAUCUUAUAAAAGAACUAGUUUGAUGUGUCAUUUCACUGGAGACACACUGUAGUUUAGCUCCUUAACUUCAAUAGGAAAAUGUGCCUUUGUCUUUGCUUGACAUUUUUAUUUUUGCACAUCAUAAUGUUACAUGCCAUGUUAUUAUUACUUUAUGUGUUAACUACUUUUUUUAUCUUUUGAUAAAGUCUCAGUCUAAGCUCUUAGCACUGAUAAAAAACAGCCAUAAGAAAUUCUCUUUAGUUAAAGGCACAUUAUUUGUGUGUUUUUUUCUGGAUUACGUCACAGUGACUCGCUGUGACUGAUGUUUCGCUCAUAAAAAUAUUCCUGUCUUUCUUGAAGUUGGACAUUUGAGAUAUGUAGUUUUAAGGCAGACCACUGAUUGCUUUGGGAUGCACUGGUUGCUAUAGGAACGGUUUGUGAAACAGCAACAACUCUGGACCAUUUUUACCCAACAAGUUCAUCCUCAUUCUGACUCUCUCUUCUUUAAAAUAACCGUGAUCAAAACAAACUGAGAAUCAUCUGAAGGCCAAGGAUGCUGACCGACUGACGGCUCAUAUUUAAUACAGAGAAUCCGAAAAAUACAGUAAAUAAAAAUAUCUACAGCUAUAUAGCUAUAAAAAACACUCCUACUCUUUAUGGCAUCAUUUGUGAAAAUAAUUAAUUUUACAGCCAUAAAAAAAAACCACAUAAUCUAUGUAUUACAGAUAUAAGUACAACACAGAUCAUUUAAAUCCUGAUAGUUACACUUUAGUUUGUCUAUAUGCAUCAGAAGAGCAAAACUUUCACUGAUAAUGCUGAGCUGCUACACUGGCUGUACAUUGCUGAUGUAUUUUAUUAACAUUAGUGUAAAACAGACUGAUCCAGCGAGGUCAGCUACACCUGAAUGUAAACUGUGCUGCUAACGUCUUCUUAUAUAAUGGAGCCUGUUAUGAAAACACAAGUGCACCUCCUUCUGAUAUACCCAGCCACUGAAUGUCUGUUUCACAGACUUAUUAUUGUUUUGUUUUUUUGCUGUUGAAUAUUUCACUAUUGAACGAUGCUGUAAAAGAAAAAGAAUAAAUGCAGCUUAAGGUUUUAUUCUGAUAUAA